AUGGUUGGGGGUGUUGGGAAAUUUGACUUCAUUGCUGCCACCAAGUUUGAGAAACAGGAUGGUGUAGUUUUGAUGGCUACCACUCGAAAUCUCAAACAGAUUGAUGAGGCAUUACAGCGCCCUGGUCGAAUGGAUAGAAUAUUUCAUCUUCAACGUCCAACCCAAGCAGAAAGAGAGAAGAUACUAAGGGUUGCUGCAAAGGAAACUAUGGAUGAGGAACUCACUGAUUUUUUGGAUUGGAGAAAGGUUGCUGAGAAAACAGCUCUUCUACGCCCUAUAGAACUCAAACUUGUUCCGGUGGCCUUGGAAGCUGCGGUUGGUUUUUUGGAGAAGUUUGUUGAAUUCAAAGUUGAGGAAUUGUUUGUGGAGUUGUCUGUGCCUCGCUGCCCUUAUUUGCUUGUUGUUACAUGCUUUGCCGGAAAAUACAAUUUAGUUGUCGCCGUCCUCUUUGAAGAAGACAACUUUGUUUGGCUGUGGGAGUGA